AUGUCGGUGCUCGACAACAUCCUGUUCAUGUUCCAGAUUCCGGACAGCAAGCAGGUAUUCGUCAACACCGUCGUCAUCGCGGUCGCGAAGAUCGUCGUGAAUCUGAUCAUUCCGCUGGUAGCGGCACUGCUGUUGAACGAGGUCAGACUGCGUUGGUACAAGCGGGCCGUGCAGACGGUGAUCUACCUUCCGCACUUUCUCUCCUGGGUUGUGUUUGCGGCGAUGAUCGGCAACACGUUCUCUUACGACGGAUUCGUCAACAACGCGCUGAGAGUAUUCGACGUAGAACCGAUAUUGUUUCUCGCGAGCAAUGUCUGGUUCAGGCCGAUCAUCGUAUUGACCGACGCGUGGAAGUCCUUCGGAUUCGGUACGGUGAUCUAUCUGGGCGCGCUGACCGCGAUCGAUCCGGCCCUCUAUGAAUCGGCCUCGAUCGACGGCGCGAGACGGUUCCAGCAGUUGAUGCUGAUUACGCUGCCGGGCAUCGUUUCGACCGUCGUUCUCAUGAUGACGCUCAGCCUGGGGAACAUUCUCAAUGCAGGAUUCGAGCAGAUCUUGAAUCUGUACAACCCGCUGGUGUAUUCCACCGGUGAUAUCAUCGACACGUACGUCUAUCGGGUGGGCCUUGUGGGGAGGCAGUACGGUAUCGGUACGGCUGUCGGGCUGCUGAAGUCCGUAGUCAGUUUCUUUCUGAUCUGGCUGUCGUACAGGCUCGCCUCCCGGUACGCGAACUACCGCAUCUUUUGA